AUGGCCAAUGGUGUUAUGACCGAUACUGAAUUGACCGAAGGUCUUCAAAACUCGACCGCUGGCUACAAUCUCGAGGAGGAUAUUCUUGGCCCGAUUGCCGUUGUUGGCCUUUCUCUCAAGUUUCCUCAAGAUGCAGCCUGCGCUACAUCAUUUUGGGAAAUGCUCAUGGAAGGACGCUCGUCUAUGACAACAAUUCCGAAGGAGCGUUUUGAUAUUGAGUCGUUUCACAUUCCAGGUACUAAGAGGCAGGAUGCGCUUCCUUUGCGAGGAGCCAAUUUCGUCAAGGAGGAUAUUGGAGCAUUUGAUGCUGGUUUCUUUAACAUCAGUCCAGCAGAAGCUUCAGCUAUGGACCCUAUGCAACGAAUACUACUGGAAACUGCGUAUCGGGCCUUUGAAAAUGCUGGGAUACCUCUCGAAAAAGUGACCGGUUCGAGUACCUCGGUGUACACCGGAUGUUUUAGUACCGACUAUCUAUUGCAAUUUAUGAAGGAUCCUGAGUCCUUACCAACUUACGCUGCCACAGGCGUUGGUGCAUCUCUCCUUGCCAAUCGACUUAGUUGGUUUUUUGAUCUUAAAGGGCCGAGUGUAAAUUUGGAUUCAGCUUGCUCGAGUAGCGGCAUGGCUCUUGAUAUGGCAUGUGCCGGCCUGCGGGACCGCAGCUGUAAUAUGAGUCUUGUCGGAGGCUGUAACUUGACCUACGCUCCAGACUACUUUAACAUACUAACAAAUUUGAAUAUGCUGUCUCACGAUGGUCGGUCUUUCGCCUUUGACUCCAGGGCUAAUGGCUACGCCCGAGGCGAAGGUUUUGGUGUAGUCAUCCUAAAACGACUUGAAGAUGCAAUUGCGGAUGGAGAUACCAUUCGCGGAGUCAUUCGGUCCACUGGCUGCAAUCAGGAUGGCCGCACACCUGGCAUUACUCAACCCAGUAGUGUUGCACAGGAAGCUUUAAUCCGCGAGACCUACCGAAAAGCUGGAUUAUCUAUGACAAUGACGCGGUUUUGCGAAGCACACGGCACAGGGACGGCAUUGGGAGAUCCAAUUGAAGCAAUGGCUGUUGGGUGUGCUUUCAAAGACUCUCGGACAUCCAAGGAUCCACUGAUUGUGGGUGCGUUAAAGAGCAAUAUCGGACAUCUUGAAGGAGCUAGUGGUAUUGCCGGACUUAUCAAGACUAUUAUGGUUCUGGAAAAAGGCAUUAUUCCACCCAAUGCAGGCUUUGAGAAUCUUAACCGCAAGAUAGAUCCUUUGUAUCUCUGUCUCAAGUUCCCCACUACUGCGAUUCCUUGGCCGACUAAUGGUCUACGAAGAGCUUCUAUCAACUCAUUUGGUUUCGGCGGUUCUAAUAGCCAUGUUGUUAUUGAUGAUGCAUACAACUUCUUGAAAAUACGUAACCUACCUGGGAAGCAUCGGACGGUACAAAUACCACCAGAAGCUAGAACACUGACAAAUCUCUCCGUUUCGACGGAUGUAGAAGAGCAGCCAGACAUAACCCCGAAGCCUCUCGCUGUCAAUGGAAUAUCCUGCCCUCCUAAGCUAUACGUAUUCUCGGCUGAUAGCGAGACUAGUGUAGGCCAAUUGGUCACUUGUUACGCUGACCACUUUAAAAGUGCGGCGUGGAAAGAGCCAUAUCCACAGGAUUUUCUGGAUGAUCUCGCAUACACACUAGGCUCUCGACGGACACAUCUCCCAUGGAGGUCUUACUGCGUAGCGCGAUCUACGACGGAGCUCCAAGGAAUCGACCAGAAUGUAUCCCCUCCCUCAAGAAGGAGAGAGAGUCCCCCACGAAUUGGAUUUCUAUUUACCGGACAGGGAUCGCAGUGGUAUGCCAUGGGACGAGAGCUCCUAAUAUAUCCAAUCUUCCAGAACAGCAUUCGCGAGGCAGACGUAUUUCUGCGGGGAUUAGGAUGUAGCUUUUCGGUCCUUGAUGAGUUUACCCAGCCGUCAUCAAAAACAAACAUCGAUAUUCCAGUGUUUAGUCAAACUUUAUGUACAGUACUUCAAGUAGCAUUGGUUGAGCUAUUGGAAUCUUUUGGUAUCACACCAUCAGCGGUCGCCGGGCACUCAUCAGGAGAAAUUGCCGCUGCUUACGCAACUGGGGCUUUAUCCAAAGAGUCUGCAUGGAAAGUUGCUUAUUAUCGCGGCCUCCUCGCCACAACUCUACAUGAAAGAUGUUCAUACACGGGAGCUAUGUUAGCUGUUGCCCUUUCUGCGAAGGAAGUUGCCCCUUAUUUCGCCCAGGUUCACUUGCGCCCAGGAGAAUGGUCACCAAUUGUAUCUUGCUACAAUAGUCCGAGCAGCAUCACAGUAUCUGGCACGGAGGAGCAGAUCGAUGAGUUGAUAUCGUUGCUCGAUGGGGCAUCUGUCUUUAAUCGAAAACUCCGAGUGCCCGUGGCAUACCACUCUCCUCAGAUGAUGGAAAUUGCAGCAGAGUAUCUGACUUUGUUGGAAACGCUCACUCGGGCAGACGGAAGUACCCGACCUAUAGGCAUGAUAUCCUCGGUCACUAGUGAUCAGGUUUCAGCCCAUAUUCUAUCCCAACCCAAGUAUUGGGUUGAGAAUAUGGUCUGCCCUGUCCAAUUUUCACGCGCUGUCGAAAAUAUGUGCUCAAGAACCCCAAAGUCUCUAACGAGGAAGUUAGAUAGGAGCCAUCGGUCUGCUGUUGCUGUUGACUAUCUUCUGGAGGUAGGGCCUCAUGGAACAUUGAAGGGCCCGAUCCGCGAUAUUCUCAGGGCUACCCCCCGCCAGGACGAGGUCUCAUAUGACUCUUUACUGUCCCGCAAUGUCUCAGCUUUAGACACGGUUUUGAAUGCCGUUGGUCGACUGCAUUGUGCCGGCUAUAGUGUUGAUUUACUUGCAGUGAAUGAGUUCAGUGCCGGAUCUUCCAAGGCUGCUGGGACCGCCUUAGUUGAUUUGCCAGAGUAUCCGUUCAACCACUCGCAAACAUAUUGGUAUGAGAGUCGAAUUAGUAGGGACUUCAAGCACAAAAAGCAUGGCCAUGUCGACUUAUUAGGAAAGCAAUCAUUGGACUGGAAUCCGCUCGCUCCUCGUUGGCGGCAUUUCCUUAGAACUAAGGAUAUGCCAUGGGUAGAGGAUCACAAGAUCAAUGGUGUUAUUCUAUACCCUGCCUCUGGAAUGUUGGUCAUGGCAAUUGAAGCAGCCCGACAGAUCAAUGAUGACCAGGGAGAUAUUGUCGGCUACCAACUUGACAAUGUUAUCUUCUCGGCCGCUCUAGAUAUAUCCACUAAUCAGGGGGAGCUCGAGACCCAAAUUUCAUUGAACCCGCAAAAGAAUGUUUCUGGAUCAAACGGCCAUCUGUUCGAGUUUGUGAUCUGCUCUUAUGCGGGUAGAGAGUGGACAGAAAAUUGCCGGGGUAUGAUUCACGUCUACUUUAACGAGGGUUACCAUGUCGAAGACGACCGCGUUUCCAAAAAUGGCAUACUGCGGAGCGCUACUCCCAAAUCGGUUGACGAAAACUCCUUCUAUCGUUUCCUUGAUGACUGUGGGUAUGGUUAUGGUCCAUCAUUCCAAAGGAUACUGAACCUUCAACAUAAUGAUCAUGGUGAAGCGGUUGCGGAAGUCUCACUGUAUGGAGACAGCCACCCGGCGACAGGUAUAGAACAGGCUCAUGUUAUACAUCCGACUACAUUAGACGCGAUAAUGCACCUUGAAUUUGCUGCUCUUACAAAAGGUUGCAAGAAGAAAAUCGGAACUUUCAUCCCCACUAAAGUUGAUUCCAUGUGGAUCUCAGCCGUCGGACUUGGGAAUCCUGCUACAAAGGAGCCAGUAACGGUCUUCACAAGGUUGACCCUAGAAUCUUACAGACAUUCAGAAGCUUCAUUUGUUGUGCUCAGCCCCGAUGGUCAGCGAGUACUUCUCAAGUUGGAUGGAGUGGAAACAACCGCUGUCGCCACCGCAGCGGAUAUCUCACCCUCGAUUCGGGCAGCCGAUCAAGUCCUGUGUUAUUUAGAUACCAAGAUUGAUAUUGGUAUGGUAAGUGGUAAAGAAAUAAUCGACUACUUGUCAAGAGAGUAUCCCCAACCGUGUGCGCCCAUCGCGCGGCGUGUAAAGCUGCAAAAUAUUAUACUUCACUCUCUCCUGGAUGCAAAGCGAUUCCUCGGCAAUACAACUUCCGAAAUACUGCCACCGCACAUAAAAUCCUACAUAGAGUGGAUGGAUUUCCAUCUCAAGCAGUCCAGCAUACAAUAUGACUCGGAAUAUUCAAGAGAGAUCGAACGCGAACGAUCCGCUGAAGAACACUUAUAUUGUGAGGUUGGGAAACAGCUCCCCAAGGUACUUAGUGGAGAAAUAAGCUCUUCUCAGCUCUUAUUUGAGAGUGAUCUUGUCAAGAACUACUAUAGUGAGAAAGCUCAGACUGAAGUGUACUUUAAGAGGCUGCUGAAGUACGUUGACCUUAUGGCACAUAAGAAUCCUGGAAUGAAGGUCCUUGAGAUCGGUGGAGGCACAGGCACCUUCACGGAGUAUAUCCUGUAUACUCUGCAACACCAUUUAGACGGAGACGCGGGAGUCCUGCGGUGCAGGAAUUAUGACUUCACAGACAUCGGCUCAUCGUUUAUCCAACAAGCAAAAGAAAGAUUUGCCGAGUACUCGGACAAGGUGCGAUUCAGCGUUUUGGAUGUUGAAACGGACGUUGUGUCGCAGGGCUACGAGGCAGAAUCGUAUGAUCUUAUUGUGGCAAUUUCAGUCAUUCACGCUACUCAGACUCUCGAAAAAACGCUACAUAACGUCCGGAAGUUACUGAAACCGGGGGGCACUCUGCUGCUUCAGGAACCUAUAACACCAAUGAACCUCAUGCCUGGGUUCGUUUUCGGCAUACUACCAGGGUGGUGGUUGGGCACCGAAGAAAACCGUAAAUUAUCACCACUAGUUGACGAGGACACUUGGAACGCCUUGCUUCUCAAGACCGGCUUUACUGGCACCGAAAUUGUGAUUCGUGAUUGCGAGAGCGAAUCCUGUCGUGAAAUGAGUUUCAUGAUCUCCAAAGCUGCCUCUGAGAAAAUUAGUUGCUCGGACGCCCUACCGUGCCAACGUCUUAGGAUCAUAGUACAAAAAGGCUCGUUGUUCCAACAAGCUGUGGCCGAACGGCUGCAAAUCCAUAUGAAGUCAGAAGCGAACUAUGUUUGCGAUAUAAUAACCCUCCAGACAGCAGCAACCCUCGCGGACAUGAGCGAACAUCUCUGUGUAUUCGUUCCCGAGGUCGAAGGCCCCUUUCUAAUGCACAUGGACGAGGAGGAUUAUGGCUUGCUUAAAGCGGUAUUAUACAAUACAAGCUAUAUCCUUUGGCUUACCAGAGGGGGCGGGAGAGAUCCUCAAAAUCCCGCAUACGCAAUCAUUGACGGUUUCGCUAGGUCGUUCCGGGUAGAAGUAAGUAACAUCAAACUGGUGGUCCUGGCGCUCCAGGGUGGGGGCCCUUUGACGACCAGGCAGGUUGAAAGCAUAUUUGAGGUCAUGACAGAAACGCUCCGAAUUCCUGGAAAUGAGCAUUAUGAGCGAGAGUACAUUGAGAGAGACAGUAUGCUCCACAUCAAUCGGGUCGUGGAGGCAAACGACCUGAAGGGAGACUUUAUCGACCGAAUAUCUCAGCAUAAGAGCAUCCAAACACUUGCGGAAGCCCCGCCAGUGUUGCUGAACAUCACAGUUCCAGGCCAGCUGGACACAUUGCACUUCAUAGAAGAUGACGAUGCCAAACUCCCGCUGGGUGCUGAUGAAGUGGAAAUCGAGGUCAAGGCUAUCGGGCUGAGUUUCCACGAUUAUACAGUGACAUCUGGCCGCUCCAAAAGCGCCAAUAUUGGUACCGAAUGUGCUGGCGUCGUCCGGAGGGCUAAUACAGGAUUAGACCUUCAUUCUGGAGACAGAGUAUGGAUGCAGGGCACCGGGACCUGUAGAACUUUGGCCCGAUCAUCUGCGAACCUAGUUUCCAGGCUGCCUCCGGACAUGUCCUUCGAACAAGCAUGUGCGUUACCGCUAGGAUCCGUUACUGCUUCAUACGCUUUGCACCAGGCGGCGCGGAUCCAGAAAGGUGACUCGGUGUUGAUCCACUCCACGGGUAUGAUCCAGGAAGCUGCCCUACAGUUGGCUCGAGAAGUGGGAAUCGACCUGUAUGUUGUCACAAGAUACGGAGCAGAAAAGGAUAUUUUCGCAGACUUGUACCAAAUACCUAAAGAUCGAAUAAUAUCAGAGACGCGCUUUAGUGAUGAGAUAAAGAGACUUACAAAGGGACGAGGCGUGGAUAUAGUCCUAAACUCUCUCCCGGAUGCCAUCAACGAAUGUUUCGAGUGCAUAUCGCCAUUUGGCGUCUUCGUGGAUAUCGUCGAUCAUCGAGAACAGCCCACUGUCAUGAUUCGAAAUCAUCACGGUGCUUCAAAUGUAACUUUCAUUACCAUCAAUAGCGCGGUGGUGAAGCAAGAGCGUCCACACCUAAUGCAUGCAGCCAUAGAGAGAGUACUUGCAUUAGCUUCGGCAGGGCAGCUCAAGGCUUCUAAUGUGGAGACAUACCCAUUAUCCAAGGCUCAAGAAGCCUUUGAGCAAUUGAAAAGCAUGGGAGACAGUGCCAAAGUUGUGCUGAGUGUCGAUACAAAUGAUAAAGUCAAGAUGGUUAAGGCUCAGAAAGACACGUACAGAUUUUCUGCCAGCGCGACCUAUGUUAUAGCUGGCGGACUCAGAGGCAUCGGUCAAAGCGUCACUAACUGGAUGGCUCGAAAAGGGGUUAAAUACCUUAUCCUGCUCUCCCGUUUUGGCCCAACAACUGAGGAAGCCAGGAAGUGCGUAUCCGACUUGCUUGACCUGGGUAUCCAUGUUGAGACACCUCAAUGUGACAUCACAAAUCUGUUAGUCUUAAAACAGGUGCUAUUGAAAUGCCAGGAAACAAUGCCGCCAGUCAGAGGAUGCAUUCACCUCGCAAAUAAUGGAGAGGAUAUGUUAUUUGAAAAUAUGCCUCACUCUAACUGGAGUGCAUUUAUGGGCGCCAAAGCACGAGGAGCUUGGAAUCUUCACUCCCUCCUACCCAGUGGCCUCGACUUUUUCGUUAUGACUUCUUCUAUUGCUGGCGUCAUUGGUGGUAUCUCGCAUGUUGCAUACUCAGCGGCAAACACUUACUUGGACGGUCUGGCGCGAUACCGACUUUCUCUUGGUGAAAGGGCCGUAUCAAUCUGCUUUGGGCCUUUAGAAGACCACGGUAUGCUUGCCCAUGACCGUGCACAGUUCCACAGAUUCCUCAUGGGCGGCAAGUAUAUCCCGCUGCCUGAGCAUGAGGCUCUCGCUAUGUUCGACUCCGCGUGCGACCCUUCAUUGCGACUCUCUAGGAGAGAAUGCCAGCCGAUCAUUGGCAGCCAAACCCCUGGGGGAAUUUUGGCCAAGGGUUUCGAGCUGCCGGAUUCGAUGCGCCAGCCCCUUUGGCUUCAUAUGUACCAAGUUCAAUCCGUAGUAACAGAAACCACACUGCCAUCAGAACGGAACCAGGACAUCGCAGCAGAGUUGGACAGUGCGGAUACGAUAGAAAAGAUUAGGGAUAUUGUCAUGGAAGCAUUGGUGAAGCGGGUGGCGAAGACCCUAUUAAUUGACGAGGCGAGGUUGGAUUUGAACCAGCCGAUGCAUACAUAUGGAGUUGACUCACUAACUGCGGUUGAUCUAAGAAACUGGUUUUCGAAGACGUUGGGAGUCGCUGUUGCUGUGUUCGAGAUAUUGGGCGGUGUCUCCUUUACAGAAAUUGGGUUAAUAGUUGCGAGGAAGUAUAUGGACAUACCCAAAAAAGCAAGUAAGCAUAUGUAA